CCCUGCAGGAAUGUAGGAUCCUCACUGCUCGGCAGUGUCAUUACUCAAGUUUCCGCCAGUCGCCUUUCACAAAGAACAUGAACCUGAUUUCUUCUGGCCGCGAUAGCGGCAUCGUAAUGAGAGGUGGACUCCACCGUCGACACUGCUCCCUCUCUUCUAUUUCAUUACAGCCGCUAGCAGUGCGUGAACGCAACCCAC